CCUGGAAUGUACUGUCUGAUAAUGACGUAGACGCUUAUUUUGCUAUGUAUAACUUAUUGUCAAAUAAUUCAGGAUAAGGACCUGGCAGACGAAGGACAUAAUGUCAGACGAAGAGGUACCCUCUACUUCCAAGGAGGCCAAGGAAGCCUCGGACGAGGAUGAAGAACCAGCCUUCCAACUCAAGCCUCCACCCAAGGCCGCGGUGAAAGAAGGCGGCACCGUAGACCCCGAGUAUGAAGAGAAGAGGAAAACGGACCGUGCGAACCGAUUUGAGUUUCUCCUCAAGCAAACGGAGCUGUUUGCCCACUUCAUCCAGCCCGCCUCCCAGAAGUCCCCCACCUCGCCCCUGAAGGUGAAGGUGGGGCGGCCCCGUGCCAAGCAGGACGAGAAGCAGAACCUCCUCUCUGUGGGCGAUAACCGCCACCGUCGUACGGAGCAGGAGGAGGAUGAGGAGCUGCUGUCGGAGUCUCGCAAGGCUGCCAACGUGCUCGUGCGCUUCGAGGAGUCUCCCUCAUAUGUGAAGAAUGGAACUCUGCGAGACUACCAGGUCCGGGGUCUGAACUGGAUGAUCUCUCUGUAUGAGAAUGGCAUCAAUGGCAUCCUGGCUGAUGAAAUGGGUCUGGGGAAGACGCUGCAGACCAUCGCGUUGCUGGGCUACCUGAAGCACUACCGCAACAUCCCCGGCCCCCACAUGGUGCUGGUGCCCAAGUCCACGCUGCACAACUGGAUGAACGAGUUCAAGCGCUGGGUGCCCACACUCAAGGCCGUCUGCCUCAUCGGGGACAAGGACGCAAGGGCGGCGUUCAUCCGUGAUGUGAUGAUGCCGGGGGAGUGGGACGUGUGUGUGACCUCCUAUGAGAUGGUCAUCAGGGAAAAGUCGGUCUUCAAGAAGUUCAACUGGAGGUACCUGGUGAUCGAUGAGGCCCACAGGAUCAAGAAUGAGAAGUCAAAGCUGUCGGAGAUUGUGCGUGAGUUCAAGACCACCAAUCGUCUUCUUCUGACCGGCACGCCUCUUCAGAACAACCUGCACGAGCUCUGGUCACUGCUCAACUUCCUGCUCCCGGAUGUCUUUAACUCUGCCAACGAUUUUGACUCCUGGUUCGACACUAAUAAUUGCCUGGGUGAUCAGAAGCUGGUGGAAAGACUGCACGCAGUGCUGAGGCCGUUCCUUUUGAGGAGGAUCAAAGCGGACGUGGAGAAGAGUUUGCUGCCCAAGACAGAGGUGAAGAUCUACCUGGGGCUCAGCAAGAUGCAGCGAGAGUGGUACACCCGCAUCCUGAUGAAGGACAUCGACAUCCUGAACUCGGCCGGCAAGAUGGACAAGAUGCGGCUGCUGAACAUCCUGAUGCAGUUAAGGAAGUGCUGCAACCACCCGUACCUGUUCGACGGAGCCGAGCCCGGCCCGCCCUACACCACCGACAUGCACCUGGUCGCCAACAGCGGCAAAAUGCUGGCGCUGGACAAGCUGCUGCCCAAAGUCAGAGAGCAAGGGUCCAGGGUGUUGAUUUUCAGCCAGAUGACGCGUGUGUUGGACAUCCUGGAGGACUACUGCAUGUGGAGGGGCUACGAGUACUGCAGACUGGACGGCAACACACCCCACGAAGCCAGAGAGCAAGCCAUCGAGGCGUUCAAUGCCCCCAACAGCAGCAAGUUCAUCUUCAUGCUGAGCACGCGUGCCGGGGGCCUGGGCAUUAACCUGGCCACCGCAGACGUGGUCAUACUCUACGACUCCGACUGGAACCCCCAGGUGGACCUGCAAGCCAUGGACCGAGCUCACCGUAUUGGCCAGAAGAAGCAAGUGCGUGUGUUCCGCCUGAUAACUGACAACACGGUGGAGGAGAGAAUUGUGGAGCGAGCCGAGAUGAAACUGCGCCUGGACUCCAUUGUUAUACAGCAAGGUCGUCUGAUUGACCAGCAGUCUACUAAGCUGGGUAAAGAUGAGAUGCUGCAGAUGAUCAGGCAUGGGGCCACUCACGUCUUCGCCUCCAAGGACAGCGAGCUCACCGCAGAGGACAUCGACACCAUCCUGGAGAGAGGAGCCAAGAAGACGGCGGAGAUGAACGAGCGUCUGGAGAAGCUGGGGGAGAGUUCUCUGCGGGACUUCACCAUGGACACGGGAGCAGAGACCAGCCUCUACAACUUUGAGGGCGAGGACUAUCGGGAGAAACAAAAGCUGAGCAUGAUGGAGUGGAUCGAGCCUCCUAAACGGGAGCGCAAGGCCAACUACGCGGUGGACGCCUACUUCAGAGAGGCGCUGCGCGUCAGCGAGCCCCGAGCACCAAAGGCUCCUCGGCCUCCUAAGCAGCCCAACAUCCAGGACUUCCAGUUCUUCCCCCCGCGCCUCUUUGAGCUGCUGGAGAUGGAGAUCCUGCACUACAGGAAGACCAUCGGAUACAAGGUGCCCAGGACUCCAGACAUCCCCAAUGCGACGCAGGUCCAGAAAGAGGAGCAGCGCAAAAUAGAUGAAGCCGAGCCACUCUCCCCCGAGGAGACCGAGGAGAAGGAGAAGUUACUCACACAGGGAUUCACCAGUUGGAACAAGCGUGACUUUAAUCAGUUCAUCAAAGCCAACGAGAAGUAUGGUCGCGAUGACAUUGACAACAUCGCUCGAGAGGUCGAGGGCAAGACUCCGGAGGAGGUCAUAGAAUAUUCCGCGGUGUUCUGGGAGCGCUGCAACGAGCUGCAGGACAUUGAGAAGAUCAUGGCCCAGAUCGAGCGUGGGGAAGCCCGCAUCCAGAGGCGCAUCAGCAUCAAGAGGGCCCUGGACGCCAAGAUAGCGCGCUACAAGGCACCGUUCCACCAGCUGCGCAUCCAGUACGGCACCAACAAGGGCAAGAACUACACUGAGGAGGAGGACCGCUUCCUCAUCUGCAUGCUGCACAAGAUGGGCUUUGACAAGGAGUACGUCUACGAGGAGCUGCGCCAGUGCGUACGCAACGCCCCGCAGUUCCGCUUCGACUGGUUCAUCAAGUCCAGGACCGCAAUGGAGCUCCAGAGGCGCUGCAACACUCUGAUCUCGCUGAUCGAGAAGGAGAACAUGGAGAUCGAGGAGAAGGAGCGCGCUGAGAAGAAGAAGAGGGGACCAAAGGGACAGGCUCACAAACGAAAAGCUGACGCAGACUCUUCUGGGCGCAAGGAGAAGAAAGCCCGCGCCUGAGGGCCAUUGUCCUGGUGCCGACUCGAGACAGCAUUGUAAACCAACCAACCAUCCAACCCUCCCCACACUAUUGCCGACCCAGACCACUCGCUCGCAUUUUACCCAUAAUCCCAUUCUCUAUGUGCAUGCUUGUAUGCAACAUCAAGAAAACAAAAACAAAACAGCAACAACAAAAAAGAAUGAAACCACACGUGUUGGUGAGCUUGGCUUGUUGAUCAUCUGGGAGGGGAAAGGUUUGAAACCCCCUGCUGGACUCCCCUACCCCUGCCCGCAUCAGUCCCACCCCUCACCCACGAGACCCAAGGCAGACUGUGACAUCAUGAUGACAUCAUAAAGACUGUGUGAGUUCUAAAGUUCUGAAGCGGAAGGUCUGAGCCAAUGAGAGGCUUUGGUGGAUGAUGAUGAUGUAACAUACUUGUAUACAGGUGGCCGGUUUGACGUGUGAAUGUGGGUAUGUUUGUUCGGCCCCUGUUCUAGAGUGUAUGUGUGCUAGCACCCGUAUCUCACUCUUUCGACCCUGUGGUCAGUAUUGAAGUUGCGGGCAAGCAAGUGAAAGCAAAAAUGGAUCCGAGUAAUUGUUUUGCCAAGAUGGCCGCUCCUGCUGCCCGCAAGGCCUCUGUGAUUUGUAUGGGGUUUUCUCUCCCACUCUUUUUAUAGUCGUUUGAUGCACUUUCAGAAAAAAAGGAAAAAAAGUUGAUAGUUUGAACAUCAUAACUGAUGUCGUAUUCAUUUGGCAUGCUGACAAUAAAGAAAAGGCAGUUUUAUGUCUGUUUUGUUCGUCGUGUUUGUGUUUGUUUUUGUUUGCUUGAAAAGCUGUUGUGCAAGUUAUGUACCGCAUCUUGUAUUACUCACGACUUUUUUGCACAUAUCCUAAGUGUUUUUUCUACAUUUCAUUGAAAGGGUCAUUAUAAGCUUUUUUACAUGAUAUUCAUACUUUUAAUCUUUUCAUGGGUUCCCCCCUUUCUAUGUAACGUAGUGUUAUUAAAGAAAACAAAAUAUAA